UCGGUUCACUUCCGCCCAAAAAUUCGUCCAGGUUUCAGAGUAGGAUUAGUGGCAAACUCGGCGUCCGUGAACCCCUCCGGAUUAAAUGAAAACAAGGACCACAAAGCUGAGUGUGAGCAGUAGGACUGACUGGAGCCAGGGUGACGAUCUCAAUUCCCAAGCACAAAUGGAUUUCUGUUCCUGGUCCCACGUCUACUGUGACUGUCUCUGUGCUAGGAAAUGUGCUGCAAGUGAUCAUCAGCUUUCAGUGGAGACCUAUGCAGGGACCAGAGUGGGCAAUGAGUUGUCAGGAACCUCACUCUUUACAUUGUUGGAUUACCUGUGGCUGGAGUAGGAAUCAGCUUUAGAAACAAGGGGAAUUUUGGCAAAUAGUACAACACAAAUGAAAUAUUUUGUUGAGUAAGAUAUGCUAGUCAUAAAAGUCAAAUGCUAUCUAGUUCUACAUACAGCUGUCUCUAGAGUAGUAAAAUUUGUAGAAGCAGAAAACAGAGGACACCCUAGCCUGGGACGAUGGAUGAAGAGUUGGUAUACUCUUCUGCCUGGGACAUAGAAGAAGAGUUUCUGUUUGGGAAAUGAGGCAAUUCUUCAGAUGGAUGGUGGCAAUGGUUUCACAAUAGUGUGAAGAUACUUAUACCACUGAACCAGACACUGAAGAAUGGACAGAGGGGCUAAGAACGGAGUCAGAUGGGCAAGACUUCACAGAGGAAGCAAUGUGACUGUGAGAAUCCAUCAAAGCCUUGUUUAAGUACCUCAAUCCCCCUGAGGAUGUCUAAUUAUACAUUCAAGAGGCCAGUCACUAAAAUCACAUCCCAUCUGGGCAAUGAGGUAAGAUACUAUCAGUGGGAGGAGACCUUGGAGAAGCCGGAGCAAGCCUGCUGGCAAAAGAGACUUCAAGGACUCCAGGCCUACAGCAGUGCGGGAGAAAUUUUGAGCACUUCAGACCUUUCCAAGGCUUUGAAAGAUCUUACACCUAGAGACACAGACGCCGCCUCUUCAAUCAUUCAAGCUAACAGCAUGGACCCCAGGCCCUUGUCCACCCUUGGGUCAUCUUCACAUUUGGCAAAGAUGAUACCAGAAGCAGGCCCACAGAUCCUUUGCAAAGAAUUUCUGGUCACUGAAGAGGAUAUUAGCAUCCAGGAAAGGAAAGUGAAAAUAGCAAGAGAAAGACUGGCAGUGGCAUUGAUUGCACACAAGCUAGCAAAUGAGACAGAGAAAGUGAGGGGUUCAAGGAAAGCAAAGGUAUAAACAUGAUGGGGGGAGGGAGUACUGGGGAAAAGACACUGCACGUGAAAUGGGGCAUAGCCUUGUUUUAACGCCUCUUUGCAGUCUUUAGUUGUUUUGAGACCUUGAAACUUUAAACUUAACAAUACUUUAUUAAAAGUCUGUGCGAUGCAAAAAAA